AUGCUGACCUAUCCAGGUGGUACCAAUCCGGCAUUGAGGACUCUGUUCUAUCGCCUAGUUCGACUCCUCGGGACCCCAAUACAACCAAUCUUUGUGUUUGAUGGGUCAAAUAAGCCCAUGUUUAAACGAAACAAACGAUCAGGACGAGGCGACGGCGCUACAACGGCAGCGGCGAAGCACCUGAUACGAUUGUUCGGAUUUCCUACCCAUGAUGCCCCCGGCGAAGGAGAAGCGGAAUGCGCCCUCCUCCAGCGACACGGAAUAGUUGAUGCUGUUCUCAGCGAAGACGUCGACACAAUAAUGUUUGGAUGCACAAAAACACUCCGUAAUUGGUCUUCCGAAGGGAAAACUUCCACAGCACCAACCCAUGUUUCUCUAUACGACGUUGGGGACAUGGCGUUGGGAGACCUAGGUCUUGAUCGUGAAGGCAUGGUGUUAGUUGCAUUAAUGAGCGGCGGUGACUAUCUUCCAGACGGAGUACCCGGAUGUGGUGUAAAAGUAGCCUGUGAGGCGGCCAAAGCUGGCUUUGGAAAAUCAGUUUGCCGUCUAAAGGUAUCCGAUAAAGACGGUAUACAAGCAUGGCGGAAUUCUCUACGGCAUGAGUUACAAACCAACGAAAAAGGCUAUUUCAGAACGAAGCACAAGGCGUUAACGAUACCAGAAGACUUCCCCAACAUCGAAGUCCUGCGCUACUACACCCACCCAAUAGUGUCUUCCGAAUCCAGUAUUGAGGCUAUUCGUCAAACAAUGGAGCAAAAGCACGUAUUUCAUCUAACCGCAUUGCGCGAGUUUACGCGAGAGAAUUUCGACUGGGACUACCGUAUAGGGGCUGUCAAGUUUGUCCGAGUUCUAGGACAGGCAAUGCUUGUUCGCGACUUGGCCAAUUCCCAAAUUGCCGCCCAGCAUGUUAAACGCAUUUCUGGGCGACGAACACACUUUAGCACAGAUGGCACACCCGAAUUACGCUUGGCCUUUAUCCCUGAGGAAGUUGUCCCCAUUGAUUUGGCGAAAGAAGUUGACGAAACUGUCAAUCCUGGCCGAACAGGAUUGGCGUUGAACAGCGACGAUGAGUUCGACACUCCUGAGGGCGUCCCUACCAUUAACGCACCAAAACUGUUUGACAUUUCCAAACCCGAUCUCGCCUGGGUGCUGGAAGGCUUGGUGAAAAAUUCCGCCUCCGACGUUUUCCAAGAAUGGCAAUUGAAAGAACAGGCCAAGGCUGUCCGACGAUCUCCUACAAAGACAAAGAAAAAAGCUGGUAUAACCAAAGCUCUCAAAGGCUCCGAUAUGCCUCGAGGCUCACUUGACAAGUAUGUCACAGCCACAAAGGCAGCUCUUGCUAGCAACCAAGGUUCUUCCAAAGCUCUUGAGCCAAGUUCAUCACUCCACAAGAGCCUUGCGCGUCCCAAAGCCACGCCGAGCAUAAAUCCCCCAGGAGGCAACCAGACGCGAUCUAUAUUUCAUCAAGUCCCCCAGCGCCGGCAUCCCGUUCUCCUCCUGCAUCUCCUUCCCCGUCAGGUUCAGUUUGUAGUACGGCUUCCAAAAUCCCACAGUCUCAAGAGGUUCCCGAAUCAAUACGCUCAAUUCUUCAGGCGAGCCAUUGCUCUAAGAGCCUGA